AUGUGGCCAUUUAAAAUUCUUCUGGAAAGUAAGGAUAUCAUCCCAGAUGUAAAUGUUGUUUUCAGAGACUUGUUAUCUUCUACAAACAUAUAUGGUGAUAAUCCAUUACACACUUUGGCUGAAUAUACCCCUUGUGAACAAGAUGCAAAGAAAAUAAUUGAGUUGCUCAUAGAUGUUUACACAAACAAUUCAUUGAUCGUUUCAAACAAUAUACAUCCUUUGUUAGUGCAAAACUGCCAUCAAGAUACACCUUUUUCGUUGGCUAUAAUCCAUAAGAAUGAAGCGAUGGCAAAUUAUAUCUUAUCAGUGGAUGAAAAUAUAGUUAUUACAUGUGAGAAGAAUGUUUUGUUCUUGGCUAUCGAGAAUGAAUGCCAUGAAGUUGCCAAAGAGAUAUUGAAGAUAGUGGAUAAAAAAGGUUGGACUCAACUUCUUAGUAAUGAUCAGAAGCUGAAUGUUUUGCAACUUGCGCCAUUAUGCACAGAUGAGGAGUUCGGUGCAUGGCUAGUUGAUGAAGCAUCGGAACUCAUCACCGAACAGGAUAACAAUGAACAAUCACCUUGGGAUACAGCAUAUGAAGUUGGUUCUUCAUGGUUUAUAAAUGUUGUGCUGAAAAAAGAUCCUUCUGUGUUUAAUAGAGCGCCCAUGACUUGGAUCAAAGCUUGUGAGAAAGGUGAUGUUGCAACUCUUUGUGCUUUCAUCAACCAUAACCCAGGAGCAUUUCGAGAUCUUUGUAUUGAAUAUAAGGAUUCUCCUUUGCAUCAUAUACAACUCACAAGCUUAACAGAGUAUGAAGAAUUUCUCAGGAUUCCAUACAUGAAAGAUCUAAUCAAUCUUCAAGAUUCAAAAGGGGCAACUCCUUUACACAAAGCACUACAAAAUCACAAAAAACUUUUAGCGGAAACAUUACUCAAUAUAGAGAAGAUAGAUUGUAACAUCAAAGACAAAGACCAAAAAAGUGCGACGGAUUUGCUGGCAAAAGUAUGCAACGAUGACAACACAUGGGAAAAAAUGUGCCAAAGAAUCGGUUUUGAUCCUUGGAUAAAAACAUCGUACUUCCAACGUAAGACCAAUUUGUUAGAAGUACGAAAUUCACUGUUUGUGGUUGCGGCCCUAUUAGCCACCAUUACAUUCACUGCAGGUUUUACUCUCCCGGGCGGAUUAAAACAAGAAACUGGGGAAGCACUUCUAGCUAAGAAGGUUGUUUUUUUUGGUGUUUUUGAUAUCGAAUACAUUGGCCAUGUGUACUUCCAUUCUGGUGUUGAUUUGCCUUGUAUGGUCCAUGGUUCAUCAAGAUUCGAGUAA